AUGGAUGGAAUCAUACAGAUCAUAUCUGCCUUUAUUGUAAUUAUAGAAAUCAUAAUAGGAUGGUUUGGAAAUGGAUUUAUAGUUUUGGUGAACUGCAUGCAUUGGAUCAAGAGAAGAAGAAUCUCUACAGUGAAUCAAAUACUCACAGCCUUGGCUUUCUCCAGAAUCUACCUUCUUUUGACAGUAUUCACUGUUAUAUUAGCAUCUGUACAAUACUCAAAUAUAUUGGUAACUAGAAGGGAGGUAAAAGUGAUUAUUUUCCAUUUGAUUACCAGCAAUCAUUUUAGCAUGUGGCUUGCUGCAUGCCUUGGCCUUUUUUAUUUUCUUAAAAUAGCUAAUUUUUCUAACUUUAUUUUUGUUUUCUUAAAGAAGAGAGUUAACAAGGUAGUUUCAGGGACUUUGCUCAUGUCUUUGGUCUUCUUGUUUCUAAACACUCUUCUGAUAAACUCAUACAUUGAUGCCCAGAUAGAUGACUACAGAGGAUAUCUGCUGUAUGAUUUCACUUCAAAUAUCACUGUAUCAUUUUACAGGGUUAUUUUAGUCAUUAAUAACUGUAUUUUCACAUCCAUACCAUUUGCACUUUCACAGUCAACUUUUCUCAUGCUCAUUUUCUCCCUGUGGAGACAUUACAAGAAGAUGCAACAACAUGCACAAAGAUGUAGAGAUACCCUCACCAAUGCUCACAUCAAAGUCUUGCAAACAAUGAUCAUGUAUGUCCUUCUUUCUGCCAUUUUCUUUCUGUUUCUUUCAAUGCAAAUUUGGAGGAAUAAGUUGAUGGAGAACAUUCUUUUUAUCAGGUUUUGUGAAACUGUUGCAGCAGUUUUUCCUUCAGGACACUCAUGUGUCUUGAUCUGGGGAGACACAAACCUGAGACAGACCUUUCUUUCUGUGUUGUGGUGGCUGAAGCACAGGUUCACCUUAUGGGUCCCUAAAUUAUAUUGCAGAUAAUCCUGCAUAUUCUAA